AUGGGAUCACAAUCCGAAGCAGAGCCAACUUGGCAGGAGCUGGUCGCCAAUCACCAAGCGUUGCAGCGCUCCAAUAUUCCCGAAGGUUGGAUCCUCAACAGGGAACUCCUCGAGAAGCUCAUCGGGGGGGAUGAUGGCAAGAUCAGUGGAAUUGAUCUCAUCACAACGCGAGCAGCGGAGCAAGCCCAGAUCCUCACGGCGAAAGAGUUGGAAAUCACCGAAUUGUACAGUGCUGUCGAUUUGCUGUCCAAAAUGGCUACUGGGCAGCUCAGCGCACUCGAGGUCACCACCGCUUUCUGCAAGCGAGCAGCCAUUGCGCAGCAACUAACUUCAUGUCUGACGGAAAUCUUUUUCAAGCAAGCCAUGCAGGACGCAAAACUUCUGGACGAGCACUACAAGACCCACGGCAAGGUCAAGGGACCUCUCCAUGGACUCCCUAUCAGUUUGAAGGACUCCUUCGUUGUCGAUGGACAGUAUUCAACUGUCGGCUAUGUCGAGUUUCUCCGCAAGCCGCUUCCGACAGGUCAAUCAGCUCUUGUCAACCUCCUGCAAGAUGCUGGCGCUGUGCUGUAUUGCAAGACAAACAUCCCGCAGACAAUGAUGACUGCUGACUCCGAGAACAACAUCUUCGGUCGCACACUGAACCCGCACAAGACGAGCGUCACGGCAGGUGGCUCUUCCGGAGGCGAAGGCUCCCUCGUAGGCUUCCGGGGCUCACCUCUGGGCGUGGGCACAGACAUCGCAGGCUCAAUCCGGAUCCCCUCCCUCUGUUGCGGGACAUACGGUUUCAAGCCGACUGCCAACCGUGUGCCAUUCGCGGGCCAGGCAUUGACCCCCUUCCCACGCCUCCACCUGCCAAGUGGUGUCUUACCCACGGCUGGACCCAUUGGGCACUCCGUAGACGACCUGGAGGCCUUUAUGCGGAUAGUGUUGGACAGCAAUCCCUGGAACUACGACCAGUCAUGCUUCGGGGUGCCAUGGAACACAGCUGACCCUGCUUUUACCACCCGGCCACUUCGAAUUGGCGUUCCGCCGGAGGAUAACGAAUAUACGCUCCACCCCCCAGUGCGAAGGGCAUGGGAAGGCGCCAUUGCUCAACUUGAGAAGGCAGGCCACACCAUCAUCCGUCUCCCUGAAGACGAGUCGCGGAGCAUUGGGCUUGGUGCCCGGAUUGCCUUCGCAAGCUAUGGCGCAGGCCAUCCCGGGCCAGAGAAGCUCCAGCAGAUGAUGAAGGAGCCUUUUGUCAAGUCCCUUGCUCUCGGCGUGCACCCGUUCACGAAGAAACCGCCGCCCGUGCCGCGGAGUGCCGAUAUAGGAGAAGUGCUGAGCGCCCUCACGACCGCGGUAGACGCGUACGCGGGAAGCUGGCGCCAGGCGUGGGUCGAGCACAGCCUCGACAUUGUGCUCUGCCCUGGAGCGCAGUCAACGGCCGUGCCGCACGACACGUUUGGCGUCCCGGCAUACACCUGCGCCUGGAAUGUGCUUGAUUACCCGGCAUGUAUUAUUCCGUAUGGCAGGGCAUCUGCGAGCCUGGACCCGGACAGUGCACCGGCGACGGCAGCCUUCGACCCAAGCUACGAUCCGGAGGCGGUUGAUGGAGUGCCAUGCGCAGUGCAGAUCAUAACGCCGCGUUUUCGUGACGAGCAAUGUCUUGCGGCUGCCAAGAUCGUGGAUAGCAUUCUCAACCCCGCGCGUGCCUGAAUCAGGGAUAUUACACCCCAGAGACAGCUCGACGGGCCGACUUUGUAAAUAAAUACCCCGCAGCAAGCCAUGUGCCAAAUGUGGUCGUUGCUCAUCUGAGAGCAGGAUGAAAGCCAUGUCGGCUUUCGAGAAUCGUGUUUCAAUUGACAUUUGAACCCGG